AUGGUUGUGGCUCUGGGUCACAAGCAGAUCCAAGGUGCACUGCACAAGCAUGUGCACCUUGAGCGCAUCCGCUUGAACAACCGCAAAAAGGUCAAGGGCCUGAGCCUGGAGGAGGGCCUUGAGCAGCUCUAUGUGCCUACAGGCGAUCCAGACGGCUCGGUCACGCUGUAUGUUCCGGACCAUGGCCACCUGGCGAAAGCCAAGGUCACGCCUACUCCCGACGCUGUGUACAAGCGCGACUAUGACCAUUUUUCGCUGCCACCGCCUCUGACGAAAGAAGCCGCGAAGAAGCGCCUGCAGUAUCUCACGGCAUUGGGUGGUGUGACGCCCGAAAUCGCGCAAAAAAUCCGUGUCGAGGAGAGUAAGCUUGCCCCGGAGGCUGGUGAGAGCGUGACGAGCGCCAGUGCCAUGCGUGUGGGCGUGGAUCGCGAGUUCUUCCGCCAGGUCCGCGCGCUUCUUCGCAUCAUUUUCCCCAGUAUCUAUGCGAAGGAAGUGUAUAUGUUUGUGGCCCACACGUGUUUUCUGGUGCUGCGCACGUAUCUGAGUCUGUUGGUGGCUCGUCUGGAUGGGUACCUCGUCAAGUCGCUGAUUUCGGCAGACCUCAAAGGGUUCUUGCGUGGACUGGGGAUGUGGGCGGCCUUGGCCGUGCCAGCUACAUACACGAAUGCCAUGAUCCGCUUCCUGCAGUCGAAAUUGUCGCUUGCGUUCCGCACGCGUCUGACGCGCUAUGUGCAUGACCUGUACUUGAAUCAGCACCAGAACUUUUACAAGGUCAUGAACUUGGACAACCGUCUGGAAGCUGUGGGUCAGUACAUCACCCACGACAUUGCACACUUUAGUGAUGUCAUCUCGGAUCUAUACUCGAACAUCUCGAAGCCGAUUCUUGAUAUGAUCAUCUUCAUGUGGCAGAUCGGUAACAACGUCGGCUUUUCCGGCGUCGCUGCAUCUAUGCUUGGCUAUGCGGCCUCAUCGUAUGCGCUGCGCUCCGUGUCUCCGCCAUUCGGUAAGCUGGCAGCCGUCGAAGCCAAGCUCGAAGGCAACUUUUACAAUGCACACAGUCGCAUGAUCAUCAAUGCCGAAGAGAUUGCCUUUUAUAACGGCGCGUCCACGGAGGAGGGAAUCCUGCGCCGCUCGUACCGCGAGCUGGUCCGCCACAUCAAGUCAAUCCUGCGGGCGCGAGUCGGCUACAACUCCAUGGAGGACUUUGUGCUCAAGUACUCUUGGUCAGCGUUUGGCUACGUGAUCAUGGCCGUGCCGGCCUUCUCGGCCCAUGAUAAGUCGGACGGUAAUGUCUCGAAUGACCCGAGCAUUGCCAAGCACACGGAGGGCUAUAUUUCCAACCGCCGCAUCCUGUUGGCGCUGGCUGACGCCGGUAGCCGUUUAAUGUACAGUUACAAGGGCAUUGCUACACUUGCUGGACAGACGUCGCGCGUGUAUUCCCUGAUCUCGAGUCUGCACCUACUCCAGCACGACGACUACCAGAGCGUGAAACGCCCCGCUGAUCUGCCGGCGGACCAGCCUUUCUUUGACCUGGGGCACCUUCAGGGCAAGAUCAUCGAAGACAUGCCCCAUGUGAAGUUUACUCAUGCGCCUAUUGUCACGCCCGCGCCUAGUCAGGAGCGUGGUGGCGAUUUGCUGGUCAGUGACCUGAACCUCCAGGUCAACCCCGGCGACCAUAUCCAGGUGACGGGUCCUAAUGGUGUGGGCAAGACGGCGAUUGCCCGUGUGCUUGCCGGUCUUUGGCCCCUGUUCGAUGGCCAGCUGGAAAAACCUUUGAACAGAGACAUGAUGUUCUUGCCGCAGCGCCCGCUUCUGACGACUGGCAGUCUCCGCGAGCAGAUCAUCUACCCGAACACGUACCAGGAGCACCUGGAAUCAGGCCGCACCAACGACGAUCUAAUGGACAUUCUGAAGCACGUGCACCUGGCCUAUUUGCCGGAGCGCGAGGGCGGAUGGACAACGCGCAAGGAAUGGAAGGAUGUGCUCUCGGGCGGAGAGAAGCAGCGCAUGGGCAUGGCCCGUCUGUUCUACCACCUGCCCAAGUAUGCGGUCCUGGACGAAUGCACUUCGGCUGUGUCCACCGACGUGGAAGGCCUCAUGUACGCGCAUGCCAAGGACCUGGGUAUUACUCUCAUUACGAUUUCUCAUCGACCUACGCUAUUCAAGUAUCACCAGUGGCUGCUUGACAUUAAGGGCCACGACGACUUUGAGAUUAUAAACUUGGCGGGAGACAGCGAGCAGCUGACGAUCGACCAGGAGAUCGCGGAGCUGGAGGCCAAGGUGACUGAGGUGGACGUGUGGAAGAACCGCCUUGCGGAAAUUCAAAAAGAGCUUUCUUUUAGUCGGACAUAG